GAGAAGGACUUGGUCAUCAUUGGUGGUGGUGUCGCCGGUUACGUCGCCGCAAUCAAGGCCGGCCAGGAGGGUCUCAAGGUCGCCUGUAUCGAGAAGCGUGGCUCCCUCGGCGGUACCUGCUUGAACGUCGGCUGCAUUCCCUCAAAGUCUCUUCUCAACAACUCGCACCUUUACCACCAGAUUCUCCACGACACCAAGAACCGCGGUAUCGAAGUCGGCGAUGUCAAGCUCAACCUCAAGCAGAUGAUGAAGGCCAAGGAGACCUCGGUCAACGGCCUGACCAAGGGUAUUGAGUUCCUGUUCAAGAAGAACAACGUCGAGUACAUCAAGGGUACCGGUGCUUUCGCCGACGAGCACACCGUCCAGGUCAACCUCACCGAGGGUGGUGAGACCAGCGUCCGCGGCAAGAACAUCCUCAUCGCAACUGGUUCCGAAGCCACUCCUUUCCCCGGUCUCACCAUCGACGAGAAGAAGGUCAUCACCUCCACUGGCGCCAUUGCUCUCGAGUCUGUUCCCAAGAAGAUGGUUGUUAUUGGUGGUGGUAUCAUUGGACUUGAGAUGGCCUCUGUCUGGUCUCGUCUUGGUGCUGAGGUCACCGUUGUCGAGUUCCUCGGUCAGAUCGGUGGUCCCGGUAUGGAUGCUGAGAUCUCAAAGAACAUCCAAAAGACUCUCGGCAAGCAGGGCAUCAAGUUCAAGCUCAACACCAAGGUUGUGGAGGGUGACGACAGCGCUGCCGAUGUCAAGAUCAAGGUUGAGGCUGCCAAGGGUGGCAAGGAGGAGACUCUCGAAGCUGACGUCGUUCUCGUCGCCAUCGGUCGCCGUCCCUACACCGCUGGUCUUGGUCUGGACAACAUUGGCCUCGAGACCGACAACCGUGGCCGCAUUGUCAUCGACCAGGAGUACCGCACCAAGAUCCCUCACAUCCGUACGUCACCUUCGGUCCCAUGCUUGCCCACAAGGCUGAGGGAGGAGGCUGUCGCUGCCAUCGAAUUCAUCACAAAGAACUACGGUCACGUCAACUACGGCGCCAUCCCCUCGGUCAUGUACACACACCCCGAGGUCGCCUGGGUCGGCCAGAACGAGGCCGAGCUCAAGGAGGCCGGUGUCAAGUACAAGGUCGGCUCCUUCCCCUUCUCUGCCAACUCGAGAGCAAAGACCAACCUCGACUCGGACGGUAUGGUCAAGUUCCUCGCUGACGCCGAGACCGACCGCAUUCUCGGUAUCCACAUUGUCGGCCCCAACGCCGGCGAGAUGAUUGCCGAGGGUGUUUUGGCACUCGAGUACGGUGCUUCAUCUGAGGAUGUUGCCAGAACUUCGCACGCUCACCCCACUCUUGCCGAGGCCUUCAAGGAGGCUGCCAUGGCCACUCACGGCAAGGCCAUCCACUAC